AGUGUUGCAAAACCUUACAAAGUAAAAAAUAAGAAGAAGACGAAAACGUUUAGGAAAAAACUCGGAUUUUAGUGAUACGGAAAAAGCGAAAAAAUGGGGUCAUCCUCGGGCAAAAAACAUAAAAAAGAUAAGAAACACAGUCAUCGAUCGCAUUCGCGUGAACGCAUGACAACAAAUCGCGGCGUCGAAGAUGAUGUGACAUUGGAUCUCACAGACGAUUUGUCCUCAACGCGACAAAAUAGACACCAACACAAGCACAAAAAACAACACAAGGAGCAUCGACACAAGCAUCACAGACACAAAGAGCGUGAGCGUCCCAGCGAAGUCAUCUCACUGGAAGAAUCCGACUCAGACAGUUCCGAUUGCGUUGAGGUGCCGGUUGAGCAAGAUGCCAGAGCCAAGGCACGAGAGCGGGAGCAAUUGCCAAGGGAACGAGAGCGAGAACAGGUGCCAAGGGAACGAGAACGUGAGCGGGAGAGGGAACGAGAGCCGCAGGCAUCACGAGAACGUGAACAUGAAGUAGCCACGCCACCACCACCGCAAAUCUCCAAGCAUGCAGACUAUGAGCGAGAACGAAGACGCGAGCGAGAGGUGGAAAGGGAACGCGAGGCACGAGAAGCACGCAAGCGUGCGGGAAGAGAACGUGAACGUGUGCGAGGAGGAAGAUCUCGAUCACAGUCGCCUGGCACAUCACAACUGCAGCAGCAACAAGCGGAAGCGAAUCGCAAGAAUCGAGGGGUGCGAGGAGAACGUGAAGUAGGCAGAGAACGCGAAGCAGGCAGAGAACGUGAAGCAGGAAGAGAACGUGAAGCUGUCCGAGAGCGAGAGCCUGGACGUGAACGUGAAGCAGUUAGAGAACGCGAGGCAGGAAGAGAACGAGAUGUAGCAAGAGAACGUGAACGCGAGGCAGGAAGAGAACGCGAGCCAGUUCGAGAACGUGAAAGGGAGCGGGACAGAGAAAGGGAACGUGAACACUCACCUAUACCAGAGAAUGGCGCAGGUGAUGUGCUCUCCAUUGCCGAAACAAAUAAAUUGCGUGCCAAGCUGGGACUGAAGCCACUCGAAAUGGACAGCGGACCUAGCAAAGCAUCCCCAGCAGCUGCGUCAACAUCUGCAAGCGGAAGCCAACAGGAGAGUAAACCACGCUCUGGUGCUGACAAGGAUCUCUCUUCAUAUAAGGAUGAGUGGGGCGAGUUCUUGCACAAGCCUGCCGACAAUAUACAAGAGAAGAAGGAGGCGGAGAAGUUGCGUGAUAAACUAAAGCAGCGCAAAGAGAAACGUUUUCUGGAGGAGCGUUUGGCACGCAUACGCACGCUGGGCGAAUCGGACGAGGAGACGGACAACGUGGCGAAGUGGGUGGAUCGCAACAAGCGUGUGGUCAAUGAACGUGAAGAAGCAAAGCGCAAGGCUAAAGAAUUAGAGGAGUUAGACGAGGCGUUUGGUGUCGCGGAUCUGGUGGAGCAAGAGAAACAAAAGGCCAGACAGCAGGCCUAUGGCGAUCGCAAUCUUAAAGGCUUGCGCGUGGAGCACGAUAUGGAUGAUUUUGGCGAGGGUCGCACUGUCAUAUUAACGCUCAAGGAUCAAGAUGUGCUGAAUGAAGAGGAGGGUGACACAUUGGUCAAUGUCAACAUGCUUGACGAUGAACGUUACAAAAAGAAUGUGGCAAACAAGAAGCUCAAUCCGCUUAGUUAUGGUUAUAACGUCUAUGAGGAGCAAUACGAUGAGCUGGGCAAUCCCAUUGAGCGUGCCAUACUCGAGAAGUACGAUGAUGAUGUCGAUGGAAAGCCCAAAACACGCAAGAACUUUGUGAUUGGCGAGAAUGUGGAUGAGGAGCGUGAGCAUAGACGAAAAUUGCUCGAGAUUAAAACCAAAUUGGCCGGCAAACGGCUGGAAACGCUACAGGAUACCAACAUACAACUAGCCUCGGAUACUUUCAGCGUGGAGGAGUUGGCCACUUUCAAGAAGCCCAAGAAAAAGGUGAAGAAACUGCGUCAGAAACUGAAAGCUGAGGACUUGGAACCGCUUGCAGAGGCUGCUGGCUCCUCAAACAUGGGCAGUCGUCAUGGACGGUAUCGCGAAGCCGACGACGAGGAUGUGGUCAUGAAAGAGGAGCCGCAAAUCAAGCUGGAGCCCGACGAUGAUGACUUGGAGCGUGUGCUGAACAAGGCGCGCAAGUUGAAGCAAAAGGAGAACAUUAUUAAAAAGUCGCUGCCCAUUGAUGUGGCAAGCAUAAAACACGACAUUAAGCCGGAGCCUGUGGAUGAGGCAACUAGUGCCUCUGGUGUUAUUCUAAGUAGUGCCGAUGGCAACAUUGUGCUGAAUGCCACAGCCGAGUUUUGUCGCACACUUGGCGAUAUACCCACUUAUGGUAUGGCUGGUAAUCGAAAUGAGGACUCCAAUGAUAUGAUGGACUUUGAUAAUAACGAUGCCAUGGAUGAGCAUAUGAAUGGCAAUCACGAGGAGCCUACACUAAGUCAUGGCACAUGGAAUUCUGUGAAUCCCGAUGAAGUUAUGCAACCGGCUGAUUUAGAUAAUUUGGGCGAUGAUGUCGAAGAGCGUGCCAUUUUGGACGAGGAGCCCGAUGUGGGUGCUGGCGUUGCAAAUGCUUUGCGUUUAGCUCUAUCAAAGGGUUAUCUCGAGAAAGAGGAAAAGAAUCGGCCGAGCAACACAAAAAUGGCUCAUCUGCAGGCCAAAAACUAUUCGAUUGAAGACAAGGCAGCCGGCGAGGAGGACAAGAUUGGGCGACGUGAUCGCUUCCAUGCUGGUCCCAUUAUGGACUUUAAGGACAAGGAGACAUUUAAGCCGAAUGUUAAGCUUGAUUACAUUGAUGACAAUGGUCGCAUAUUAAACCUCAAAGAGGCGUUCCGCUAUUUGUCACACAAGUUCCACGGCAAAGGUCCCGGCAAGAACAAGAUCGAGAAGCGUCUCAAGAAAAUGGAGCAGGAUGGCUUGAUGAAGACGAUGAGCUCAACGGAUACCCCGCUCUGCACGCUAACCAUGUUACAGCAGAAGCAAAAGGAGACAAAGACACCAUAUGUGGUGCUCAGUGGCAGCAACAAGAAUGCCGCAGGCGUCAGCGGUGCUUCAAUAUCAAAGUUUAAAUAAUUAGUUCCGACUCCUACAACAAUUUAACACUUUCCACAACGCAAUGCAAUAGUUACUUCCAAAAUCACCAAACAAACUAACAAUGUUCACAAUUAGUUUAGAGUUCAGAUCCCUUCACACAAGAAGUUACUAACUUCACAUUUAUUGGUAAACAAUCUCUUUUAUUUGUACAAAUUUAUUUCACCUUCCUCCUCUUAUUUUUGUUUUGAAAUGAGUUUAUUUAAGAUUUCGUAGUGUAUUUAUUGAGAUAUUUGUAAAACUUUCGCAAACAAAAAUAAGCAGCAUUUAGGCAAAAACAAUUAUAAAUCUUGAAUAAUUCCGAAAUACAAAUUA